AUGGUAAAAUUUGUAAUAUUAUAUUUCUUUGUUUUAGUGGUAACCGGAAGCACUGAUGGCAUUGGAAAGGAAUACGCUAAAGAGUUGGCUGCCCGCGGCUGUGAUAUAGUUCUAGUCAGUCGUUCUAUGGAUAAAUUGAAAGCGACUGCUACGGAAAUACAAAACGACUACAAAGUGAAUACCAAAAUAGUUCAAGCUGACUUCAGCGAAGAGGGAAUUUACGACAAGAUCUCCAAAGAAAUAGCUGAUCUAGAAAUAGGAACCCUAGUCAAUAACGUUGGUAUCUCCUACAGUUAUCCUGAAUAUUUCACGGAUAUUCCCGACUGGGAGAACACCGUAACAACAAUGAUAAGAGCGAACAUGGUAUCAGUGACACGGAUGACUGGUAUCAUCCUACCUGAUAUGGUGAAACGAGGCAAGGGUGUGGUCAUCAACAUCGGAUCUGGCUCUUCUCUCAUACCCAGCCCCUUGUUGACAGUCUACGCGGCUUGUAAGGCGUAUGUAGACAAAUUUUCUGAAGGAAUUGACAUGGAAUACAAUAAAAAGGGUAUUAUCGUUCAAUGCGUCCUUCCGGGUUUUGUAUGCUCCAAUAUGUCGGGUAUCCGUCGCGCUUCGCUAUUAGCACCCACUGCGAAGACUUUUGUAAAGUCCGCCAUCAGUCUCGUUGGCACCACGUCAAAAACAGUUGGUUACUUCCCUCAUGCUAUCUUCGUUAACACCAUCAACUCAAUUUACGGAGUGUCAGGGAGGUUUGCUGUCUGGCUGAUUACCAGGUCCAUGGAGAACACUCGUCGGAAGGCGUUGAAAAAGUACAAAAACAAGUAA